AGGUGUUUCCUUAGUUAAUUCAGGUGAAACUAUAGUCCAAGUGGUUUCAUGAAAGGUAGCCAUAUUAAAAAUCUGACUGUGGAUUAUGAUUUUGCUCAUUAGUUUUUCUUCUUGUCUGGGUAAAGGAGGAAAAUGAUCCCUCAGGUAGCAGAAGCUUCUUUUAGAGACCACAUAACUAUAGAACUAUGCAUGCAUCUCCUCUUCCUCCCUACCAUUCAAGAAACCAUAAGUAAAGCUGACUUAUGAAUGUCUCUGUCGAUGUUUCAUUUUCAGGACAGAUUCUGUUUCCUUUUGCAUAGAAAUUUUUGGAGGAAAGGUGCCAGGUCACACCAGGAUGGCCACCCAGAUGUUUGAGGGGAAAGGGCAUGCGGCCGUCUACCAGAAAUACAGAUUUGCACCGGGCAAAGAGCUGCAGCAAACCAUCCUCACCUACCUGAAGGAGAAGAGGACAAGUCCUGUUGAGCUGGUGGUGGAUGUCGGCUGCGGGUCUGGCCAAGGCACCCGUUUCCUUGCGGAGCACUUCAAGAAGGUGGUGGGAACGGACAUCAGCGAAGCGCAGAUCCAGGAGGCCAAGGAUUCCGCCACCACACCCAAUGUCUCCUACCUUGUGUCCCCUGCAGAGGUGCUGCCGUUGGAGGACAACUCGGUGGACCUCAUCACUUCGUUUACAGCCGCACACUGGUUUGAUCUCGAGAAGUUCAUGAGAGAAGCAAACCGGGUGCUUAAGCCAGGUGGUUGCGUGGUCCUCUGCACCUACACUUUGGACAUGAGUCUGCGCUAUGGAAACUGCUCUGAAAAGCUGACCAAGGUCUUCAGGGAGUCCUGGGACCAGAUUUUCAAAUACUCGCAUAGUAGAGUAAAACAUGUCUUGGAAGACUACAAAGAGAUCUUUGAGGCCUUGCCAUUUCCAGACAAGAAGAGAAUCACUGAUAUCUUUGACAAAAUUCCCAUGACGGUUGCUGGAGUAGUUGGUUACCUGGAGUCUGUCUCUCCAUAUCAAGUCUAUAUGAAGAAUGACCCUGAAGCUGCAAAAUCCCUCCUCCAAGAGGCUGAGAAGAGGAUGCUGGAGACCAUGGGAGUUUCUUCUCGUGACACCCCAGUGGAGCUCUGGGUGAGGCACGUCUGCGUCUUGGGGUGCAAGGGACAAUGAGAGGAAAAACCUUCUCCUGAUGGUGUGAAGGAAAAAGGGAGUUAUCUCCUAAUACCUGACUCAAACUUACACUUAUUUCUUGGGAAGACUGGUGCUGAUUUUGGUGAUUAUAAUUGAUCUUUGUCCCUCAGUCUGCCCAGAGCUGUGCCCUCAGCACUGGGAGGGUCUAGUUGCACACUGGUGAUGAUUGGGUUGCACAAAAGGGUGAGAAUCACAGCAACAGCUCUGAGGAACUUAUUGCAUUUCUUACACAAUUAACAUUAAUAAAAAAAAAAAAAGGC